AUGGAUGGCCAGGUAGUCAUUAUCACUGGAGGUGCUCAAGGAAUCGGACGGGCAGCCGCUAUACUGUUAGGGCAGAGAGGGGCCAAGAUCGCCAUUAGUGAUCUGGAUAAAGAGAAAGCAGAGGACGUUGUAAGAGAGAUUCGUGAAUUCCAGGGCGAAGCAGAAAGCUUUCCUGGCAACGUUCUUGAUGAGGAUUUCCCACCCCGGCUGGUGGAGAGUGUGUUGAAGAGAUGGGGGAAGAUCAACUGCCUCAUCAACAAUGCUGGCUUCUGCCACGAUAGUGCAAUCCACAAGAUGGACGAGGACAAGUUCGACAUCAUCAUGAAAAUCCACAACUACGUGCCCUUCCGGAUGACACGAGCGCUCUCCGCGCACUGGAUGGACCCGGCCAACAGGGAGAUGCCAAAGACGGUGAUCAAUGUGUCCUCCACGUCUGGCCUGCAUGGAUCGAUGGGCCAGAUCAACUACGCAACGGCCAAGGCUGGAGUCGUGGGACUUACAAAAACCAUUGCGUCUGAAUGGGGACGAUACAACGUCCGAGCUAAUGCAGUGGCGUAUGGGUGGAUUGAUACGCGGAUUACGCGUCCACCAAGUGAGUCGGAGGCAAUGUCGCUAGGAGGCCAGUCUAUCAGGCUUGGAAUCCCCGAAAAUGCAAAGAAGUGGCGAGACGUUUCUGAUAUCCCACUGGGUCGCCCUGGGACGGCGGACGAGGCUGCGCGGGUGAUGCUAUUUCUAGCCAGUCCACUGUCUUCGUAUGUAACUGGCACUUGCAUUGAAUGCACUGGGGGACGGUUUAUGUAA